AUGGUUUCUCCAUUACUGAUACGUAAACAUGCCCUGAUAUUGAUCAUCAUCACCCUCUACUUUGCAACCAUUCAUGCAACACGUUUCGAAGUCCAAAAAUGCCACUUCACCGUGUGGGCAGCCUCCAUACCUGGCGGUGGGAAGAAGCUUCUUCCAGGCCAAACUUGGUCCUCCGACGUGAACAGGGGUACUUUCCCUGCCCAAAUUUGGGGCGAAGCUGGACGCGGCAAAUGCCUAACAGGUGAUUGUGGAGGUCACCUCAAAUAUGCCAAGAUUCUGAUCAACCCCCAUACACCAUGGCUGAAUAUCACCAUGGCUUAA